GGCUUCUUCACGCGAUCUCUUUUUGCCAUCAAAUUGGCCCGGAUUCUGCAAGGACAUAACCAGCUGUCUCCCUCUGAGGCUGUCGCUUGUAGUUGCUCUGUGGUUUCAUAAUGUGUCGUCGGUAACGCUUGCAUACACCCUGCCAUGAUGGCCCAGAGACGUAAUGGGGUCUUCACGAUCCUCCUCUACUUGGCCAUCGCUUUCGCGAUCCUCGUUCCUGCUUGUCAAACCUCGACGACCGUCAGAGCCGAACUCGUGGACUCUGAGCUUGAUUCACCUCGAAGCCAGCAAGAGAAACAAAACUACUGGGCGCAGGGUGGAAAUGACAUAGUUCACGAGAUAUGGUCGGUGUUGCGCGACUUUGAACCAACAUGGAAGGACAGCGUGACUCCAGCUCAACCUACUGGUCUCCUGGGAACCGUGUGGCACUAUACGAGGAUAAUCUUCCGCGCGCUGUUCAUGAAUACACCUACGCGGGAGGACAGCAAUGCUCCGAAGGUCAAGGGAGACUUGAAGAAGGGCGUGGAUUCCCUCAAAGCGGCGGCCUCUUUCGACGACCCAGACGCCAUUUUCCUGCUGGCCGAGAUGAAUUUCUACGGCAACUUCUCACACCCGCGCGACCUCGAGAGAGCCAAAUACUGGUACCACCGGCUGGCUGACCUGGACGGCAAUUCCACGGCGCAAUACAUGUUGGGAUUGAUGUACGGCACGGGAAUUGGCGGUUUGGAGAGAGACCAGGCAAAGGCCCUCCUAUACCACACAUUUGCCGCGGAACAAGAGAACAUCAAGUCGGAAAUGACGCUGGCGUACAGAUAUCAUGCCGGCAUUGGGUGUUCCAGAAGCUGCGACAAGGCUGUGUCUUACUAUAAAAGAGUCGCCGACAAGGCCAUGUCGUAUUGGCAAUCCGGUCCGCCGGGCGGCCACUCCUUUGUCCGUAACUCAUACCGCUGGGUGGAAGUCGACGGAGGCAUAUACGGCGAAGGCGCGAGUGUGAGCUCCUCAGGCCCCAACGCUCCUCGAGAUGGCGUCACCGCAGCACACAUCGACUAUGUCCUCGACUACCUCGACACGAAAGAACGACAAGGUGACCUCAACGCCAUUAUCACACUGGGCAAGCACUACUACGAAGCCCCCCGGGGCUACAAGUGCAAUUUCCGCAAAGCGCAGCGUCAAUUCAUGAAAGUCGCGCGGGUCUACUGGACCAAGGACGGCAAGGUGUCCCCAAAAGCACCAAAGGGGAUCGAGCGCGUCGCAGGAAAAGCGGCGGCCUAUAUUGGGCGCAUGCUCCUCCGCGGCGAGGGGAUGGAACAAAACUUUGAAAAGGCUCAAACUUGGUUCAAACGAGGCAUUGCCCUGGGCGAUUCCUUCGCGCAAUAUCACAUGGGCCUGAUGUACCGCGAUGGCUUGGGUGUGUCCCAGAAUGGGGCGCGUGCUGGCUCAUACUUAAAGGCCGCCGCGGAACAGUCUCUCCCCUUGGCACAGUCGGCGCUGGGAGUGCUGUUCUUGGACCAAGGGGACAUUGAGACCGCCGGGCGUUACUUCGAACUCGCUGCGGGCGCGGGCGUGAUGGAGUCGUUCUACUAUCUUGCCGAGCUCACCAACCAAGGAGUCGGCCGUGAGCGGAACUGCGGCCUGGCAGCUGCCUACUAUAAGGUGGUCGCCGAAAGGGCAGAAGUCUUGCAUUCCUCUUUUGUGGAAGCAAACUCGGCGUAUGAGAGAGGGGACUUUGAACGAGCAUAUAUUGCUUCCGUUAUGGCCGCGGAGCAGGGCUAUGAGAAUGCCCAAGCCAACGUGGCGUACUUGCUCGAUCACAAGACGUCGGUGAUAUCGCUGCCAAACCUUGGUAUUCCUCUCGUCUCGACAAUCAAGCCGAGCUCAAAGAAGAGCAAGCUGCUUAACGAUCAGCUCCUGGCUCUCGCAUACUUCACCCGCUCCGCCAAACAAGCCAACGUCGACUCCUUGAUCAAAAUGGGCGACUAUUACCUCUCCCUCUCGUCGCCCACCAACGCAGCGCUCACGCUUUUCCCGACCGAAGACAAUGCUGAGGCAAAGACCAACCUGGAGAAAGCAACGACAUGCUAUACCACGGCCGCCGAGACCCACCACUCGGCGCAAGCCCUCUGGAACCUCGGGUGGAUGCAUGAAAACGGCAUCGGCAGCGUCACGCAGGAUUUCCACAUGGCCAAGCGCUACUACGACCUCGCGCUGGAGAUGAACCAGGAGGCAUAUUUGCCUGUGACUCUCGCCCUGGCGAAAUUGCGACUGCGAAGCUGGUGGAACGGCGUGAGCGGCGGCAAGGUCAACGGCAUCAAGGACGAGGAAGGGGACGAGGAACAGAGGCGGCCCAAGACAUGGAUCGAGUGGGUGAACAGAUUCCUGGACGCGGCAGAGGAGAUGGACGCGCGCGAGGCGGAGGCUCUGGCGAGGGAGCGCGACGGCGACGACGAGCUUCUGGGCUACGCCGACCCGGGCAUGGCCCCCGGUGGCGGCAACGCCGAGUACGCCGAUCACCGACCCGCGCACGCGCAUGGGCAGCAGGGCGGCGGAGGAGGAGUUGGCGGGCAGGGUAGAGUCGAAGGCGACGUCUACGGCGCUGACGAGUGGGACGAGUUCGACGACGGCCUCGUCGAGAGCCUCAUCAUCAUCGCCCUCGCCGGCGCCUUGGCCCUGCUGGUCUACGCCCGCCAGGCCAGGCAGAGGGUCUUGGAGGAGGAGAGACGUCAAGCCCAGAACCGGGAUCAAACUCAGGGCUUCGCGCAGGGGCCCGCUCCUCAGCAACCGCAACCGCAGCAGCAGCAGCCACCGAUUCCAGGCCAGCCUGACGGAGAUGGCCAGGACAGAGGCAUGUUCCCGCCGCCGGGGGAUCUGGAUUGGAAUAAUUGGGUUGCUGGCGGGAUCGGGCAUUGAGACGUUGAAAUGUGUCUAUUGUAUCAUGGUAACGGGGUAUAAGAUGAUGUUUUAAGAAUUCUUCUCCUCGGGCCCCUCCUGAGCAAGUUAAGACCUUUAGAGGCUAUGUAAAUCAGGUACAUAACAUACUCUACGAGCUUGUUUUUAGCUUGAGUUGAGAUAUAUUGACUCCGACAACUGGCUCCGGCUGC